UAAAAAUUGACAGUUCGGUGUUUGUUCUGUUUUUUUUCUGCUGUAAAUUGGAAAAAUUUUCCAAACCGAAACAUUUUCAAGAAAAUACCAAAUAAAUCCUAUAAAACUCAACUAAAAAACAAAACUGACUUUAUUAUUCACAUUUCCUAUAUUGAUUGAAAGUCAAAACUUUCAAAAUGGAUAAAAAAUCUAAAGAAGCUCUGAGGCGUUAUAAAAAAGCCCGUGUCGCUCAAUCCAGCUCGGACAGUUCGAGUAGCUCGGACUCGGACUCUGGCUCCAGCAGUGGGUCAUAUUCAUCUUCAAGCUCCGAAAAGAAACCAGGUCAUCGCAAGAAGAAAGGCCGUGAUAGUAGUACAUCGGGUGACGAACGUCGCAAGCGAGACAAAGGCCACUCCUGUCACCAGAAGAAACUCGAAGCCAAACGAAAUCACUUGAAGAGAAAACUUCGCGAAGCAAAGGCUGCCAAAAAAAGAGCUCUUGGCACUAAUGCAGUGCGUCGUCGGGCAGGCAGUACAAGUCCAAACAAAAUCAAGGUUCCAGGUGAGAAGAAGCAUGUUCGCACGGAUAGCAAGGAACGACUACGUCACGCUGCCGAGCGCGAGAAGAUGCGUGCCAGAGAACGUGACCGCAUUCGUAGCCGUUCACCAAGAACUCUAGCCAAACUAGAAGCAAAGAUGCGGGCUAGAAAGUCCCCAGUUCCACCUGUAUCAAGGCAUCAGAUGUCUCCUCGUGAGAAGAUAAUUAUUCAGACGAGAACUCGCGAACGAACUCCCGAAAGGAAGCGUGAUUUGAAAAUCAGACUUGACGAUUCUCGAGAACGCGAGCGCAGAGACAGGGAGCGGGCAGAAAGAGAAGCUGAACGCCAAAAGGAGCGUGAGGAAGCACUUGCCCGUUGCCAAGAGAGGCAACGAGAAAGGGAGAGGCUCGCUAGAGAGAAAUUGCGACGAGAAAAGGAAAAGGAGUAUGCUGAGCGCGGCGGUGACCGCCUGAUUCCUCGGCCAGCUGAACGAGAAAUGGCCUUGGCACAAGCCAGAGGCUAUGGCAGUCGUGAAAGAUCCUUGGAGGACGAGGGCAGGAUUCGUCACGGCCACGCAAGUCGGAUAAGGGAUCCGGCUUAUGAAAGGGAGCGCGAGUACUUGGCUGCUGACCAUCACCGAGUGCCAGUUCUGGAACGUGAUGAAAGGAGGGAUCGAGAUUACAUGGUUAUCAGACGCAGGGAGGUACUUAGUCCAGGCCACUAUCGUGACGACAGGGAUUUGUAUUCCGAAGAAGAAAGGGCUGCUUAUGUACGCGCUUAUGCAGAAGAAGAGCGUCGCCGUGACCCCAGAUGGGAUCCCAGAGAGCUAGAUCUCCUAAGUGACCGUGAACUUGAAAAGCUCUACCCACCCGUUCGUCGUGGAGGGGAAGAUUGGCCCGAAGAGGAGCGAUGGGAUGAUAAGAACUGGGGACGUGGCAAAUCCAAUCGUCCCUCAUCCGAGCCUGACUGGGACGCUGAAGAAUUUCCUGGCGGUUCUCGUCAGCUUUGGGAAGAAGCACGUGAAAAGCGAGAAAGGGAAAGAGCCUUAGAUCAUGUUCAGUCUCCAAGUUCGGGUCGUUCCGGACGCUGGCCACAGCAAGAUUGGCGUGGAGGACACGCGCAACCAGGUGAAUCUGGCAGCAGUCACCGAAAGGGAGCCAAUUACCGCCACGGCGGCGGGCCGCAGAUGGACUACUUACACGAUCGCCAAAAGUUUCGGCCACAUCCUCCACCGUUAAUGGCCAUUCACAGUGGCUACCAUCCUCCGACUAGGCAAUUUCCGUCGAAACGUCAAAUGACCUACACAAACCCCAAUUUGAAGAAGAAGCUAGGUGGCCCUACCACACCUGGAGGAACUGCAAUUCCUUCGUUGUUGGCCUUGCCUCUGAUUCCACCGCCAACAAUCAGUGAAUUGGUGGCAGCUGAAAAAGAGCAGCAGCCCCUUUUAAUGGAAGUGAAUCAACCAGUUCCAACUUUGAUUGUUCCAAGUUCCGAUGAGGCCAGUAAGACUACCGAAGAGGCCGAGAAGACAGACCCAGAAGUAAAAGCUGCAUCAGAGGGUGCAAAUGAAGAAGAAAAGUCCCAGGAACCCGAAGAGGAAGGCGCUUUGCCUGAAACUCCUACAGAAACUGAGCCUGUUAUAGCUAAGGAGAAUGAACCGUCAGAAGUAGCACCCAAUUUGGAACCAGCUGCUGAGCAAGCUCCAGCAGCAGUUGCAGCUACUGAUGAGCAUCCAGUUGAGAGUGAACCAGUUCCAGAUGACCUGAGUGAGAUAUCCGACAGUGAUGAUGAAAUUCUGGAUAAAUUGGAAGAAAGUAAGCCUGCAAUUGAAACUGCUGCUGGAGAAACAAAUGGAGACGUUAACGCCGAAAAUCAAUUGACUGGGAGUCCAAUGAAAGAUGGUGUCAAUGAGGACUCCAAACCGGAAGCAAUCGACGAUGAUCUGUUGGACUUUGAGGAAAUAUCCGAUGGUGAGCUGGAGGAGGAUUCGCGUACCAAAGGAGUUGGUGAUGCUCUGGGAGUCGACUGGGCAUCGCUCGUCAAGGAGGCCAAGGUUCCCACAUUGGCUCAAUCCGAACGAACAACUGCCAAGGAGAAGUGGCAAGCACAUAGAAUCAUCCUGGAUGUAGGUAUAUCGUUGAAAAUGGCUGGCGAAGAAUUUGGAAAGCGCAUUUUGACCGAGGCCAAAGAAAAGUUAGACAUGGAACUAGGCGAGACAAAACCGAUUAAAAUGGAAAUCAAGGAAGAAUCGACAGAAGACACACCCACUGAAGAUGUCGAGGACGUCAAGAAUAAGAUAAAGUUAGAAAAUGGCACCGCAGAAGUCAACGAGGGGCAGGAUUUUGAUGUUGAUCGGCUAAACCCGUUGGCAUUUGUUCAAGUUGGUGAGAGGGUAAAACGAGCUGAGAAAAGGGCCCUGAUAAUUGGUGCAUGUGGACCAAACAGUAGGGCUCUAAGUGCAAGGUAUGACUUGAAGCUGCGACGACGCUUGUGCGGUUUGCCAACUUUGGAGUGUGACUUCCGUCGUCCGGCAAGUGAGAAGAUAAAAUCAAUUGCAAUGGCCCUCUUCCAAAGGACAAUGGAAGUUAAAUGAGCCUUUUAAAAUUUAUUCGAAUAAAAAUAUUAUGUAUGAAUUAAAUUAACACGCAAAAGUUGUUGCUUAAAGUAUUUAGAGGGUUUUUAGUUGAUAAAUAAAGUUAAGAUUGAUGUGUAAUGGAA